AUGGCUCUCAAGAUUAGAAUUUCUUCAACAAAGGUUGUUCUACUGAAUCUUCUCAUAUGUGUGGCCCUUUUCUAUACCAUGUACUACUUGGCUCUAAGUAUCUGCUUCACUGCUUUCAGGUUGGAUGAGUUGGAUGUCCUCGCACCUUUUGAUUUCAAAACCACCCCAUCAUGGUUCAGUACAAAUUACAAAGCUCUUUUAAUCUCAACUGAGGUAACAUACUUUGCUUGUGGGCUGCUCUAUGCUCUGAUUGUGGAAGAAUGGGUUUGGGAUUAUGCUCUAACAGUAACCUGUGUUCACAUUGCCAUAACUUCAGCUGUUAUGCUGGAAUUUCCCAUGGCAUGGCAUUGGUGGACUGCAUUAGGAUCCGGCUUAAUUUCAAUGAUAUGUGGCGGGCAGAUUCUGGCUUACUAUUUGUUCAAAGACAACUUUAUCUACCCAGUUUUGGAUGAUUUUUGA